UAGGUCAGUUUCAUCUGUGCCUUGUGAAACUAUCACUACUGCUAUGAGGUGACAGUGUAUUUCGCAACAGGGAGGUUUAACCUAGUUGUGAUCUGUACCUGUCUGAGCAGAGCAUCAGCUCACUGGGCAAGGACGGUCCACACAGGAACAGGUCGCAGAUAUAUAACAACCUGACCUUAAGCAUAGAUAUGGAAACAUCACACCAAACACAUUUCAUGGCAGGUCUAAAGAGGGCACUAGACGAAGGAUCACACUCCGAUCUGACCGUGACAGUUGGUGAUGCAUCUUUCCCUUGUCACAGGAUCAUUGUCAAGUCCAUGUCACCGUAUAUCAAAGAGCGGUUGUCAGCUGGAGAUGUUGAAAUGGCGUUGGAGGAUGUAGAUGUCGAUGCCUUCAAAGACACCCUCAACUUCAUGUACACCGGUGUCCUACCGCAGCUUCGUGAAGACAACAUAGCUGCCCUCCUUAAUACUGCAAAAUUACUACAAAUGGAUGAUCUUCAGCUUGCAAUUGAAGAGGAGUUCGGCCAUAGAGACAUCAUAGGUGCACACAACUAUUUGUCAUUGCAAGCUUUGGCCAUCAAACAUAAUUCUUCGUUCAUCCAAAAUGAAGUAUACAAGUUUAUCCUUUUUCAUUUUGAGUACAUAUGGAAGAAGGGUGAACUUAAUGCAAUGAGCUUCAACCAGCUACAUCAUUUCGCCCUUCGCAAUGAUCUUAUUCUUUCAAGUGAGUUUGUGCUGCUGAAAGCUCUCGUUGACUGGAUUCUAGCUCAGAAUCAGCUGUCUUGGGACGAGACGAAGCUGUUGAUUUCUGUCCCUGUGAUGCCAUUGAUAACGGAGGAGAACAUCCAUGAAAUUAGGUGCAUGGAUCAGAUGGAAGCCAAUCAGCGUCUCAGCUCUCUACUGCUGGACACAUGGGAACGUGACCACACGACGGACCCUGACGGGGCGACCGAAGCGCCAAUCCCAACGUACAAGGACUAUCUGUAAUAACCCGGUGAAGUUUUACAUCGGUCUAAACAAUAUUACGGCGGAGCUAGGCAGCCACUGAACAAUAGUGUAGCACGUGAUCUUGAGUUAGCAGUGAGUCCACGUAACAACAGAUCGGUGAAAUGGACACAUUUGAACUGGAUCAGCAAAAUUGAAAAAAAGUGUUUGUUUGUAUCCUACAUUCUAUAACGUAAGUAGACAUUAAAUAGAAGUACAUUAUAUACCAAAA